UGGUGUGUGUAUAUACCGUUGAAAACCCUUCACUGAGAAUCAUAUCUGCGACUGAUUCUGUAAUUCACACAAAGUUGGGUUAUUGGUUUGGGUUGCAUCAAUACCAUCUGGAAAGAGAGCAAAAGAUAUAGAACUUUUCCGCAUUAACAAUGAAUGAUACCAUCUUCAAGGAUCGCAUUGCAGCAUUGCUGCAAGUUGUGCAAGCAACAAAAAUUAUUAAAGAUGAUAAUAUUCCAUGCAAAAUCGAAGAGGGUCUUUACUUGGGCUCACUUGGAGCUGCCAAUAACAAAAGUACUUUGAGAAGCUUGAAUAUCACACACAUAUUGACGGUCGCCCAUUCUUUGUCCCCUGCUCAUUCAAAUGACUUUAUAUACAAAACUAUUCCUGUAAUGGAUAGAGAAGAUGUGGAUAUAUCACAGUACUUUAGUGAGUGUUUCAAUUUUAUUGAAGAAGAUAAAAAGACGGGUGGUGGUGUUUUGGUUCAUUGCUUUGCUGGAAGAUCCCGAAGUGUGACCAUUGUUGUUGCUUAUCUGAUGAUGAAGAUUGGCAUUAGCUUAUCCGAAGCUCUGGAACACGUGAAGAGAAAAAGACCAGUUGUAUCUCCAACUCUGGCUUUAUUUCACAACUGGAAAACUUGGAGAGAUCUCUUCAAGUUUGCUGUGCAAAUAAGUGGGUCCAUUGUCCGGUGUUACUAUACUCAUACCCUGUUGUGAAGAUGACGUGUUUUAUGAUGGCAAUGUAUAGAAAACCCACGACUCUCAUUGGAUAAGGGUUGACACUCUAGUUACCUUAGGGGCACGGGACCUAGCACUCCCAAUGCCUCUUUGAAGGUCUGGCCCGUCCAUUCCAAGAGUGAAGGACUCGGGCCUGUGAUGCAUUAGGGACAUAACAGAUCCUCGUGGAUACAAGUUAUCCAAUUCUAUUUGGGCGACCGAAGGGAAUGACAUAUCAAUUGAAGAAAACCGAAAACAUUUUCUUAUUUUUCAACCAUUUAUUUUUCAAAAAAAUAUUAUUCCACCCGUUUUCAUUUCAAAAAAUGGGGGCUAGAAAGCGUGAUCAUUCCAUUUUUAUCAAUCAUGUAAUGGACUGGUUUGUUAUGGUUGUGCUAAAUUUCUGAGAAAUGUUAUCAAAAGGUGGUAUCGGUCCACAAAAUUAUUAGUUAGUACCUCACGGUAGCUAAUUUGUGGUUUGGGAAAAAGCUCAAGACAUAUGUCAUAUUAUCAAUUCUGCUUGGGUAUUUGCUAGACGGUGACAAUAUACGCUGCAAACAUUUUGUUUUGCCUCACUCCCUAUGUCAACAUGUUCUUGCAGGGAAAUACUUCAGUGUUUAUUACCUUAAAUUUCCUUGUCAAAUGCAGUUUUAUUUCAGUUUCCCUUUUCCACUAAAUAUAUUCUUUAAUGCAGGAUCGAAGAUGGGAAAGGCUGCUGGGGUAUAGAACUUCAGCAAUUCACUAGUUUUAUUGUAAAUGAGACAAGAUUGUACCCCAAAAAUGGCAAACAAAAUUGAUUCUAUAGAAAAUCUAUCAAACAGAUACAGUGAAAAAUUAUUUAGUCCAUGAUGUUAACUGUUUAUUAAUAACACCAAA